AGGAGAAGCUGGUGCUGCACGCACGAGGCGAUCGGCUGCCCAAGGACGACCGAUACGUCCACGCCCACGCCAAGCUCGACGGGCCUGAGAUCCACGCUCACCACCUCGAGGGAGACCACCACGACGCUGAACUUGGCGCUCACCAGCACUACGUCUGAGGGACCGGCGGAGGAGGACGCUUCCUGCUUCGAGGCCAACGUGGCCUACGAGCCCUUGGACAUGCUUGGCGCCACGGUCACCGUCGAACGGAGCGCCGAGGACUGCCAGGCGCGCUGCAGGCGGUUCACGGGCUGCGAGAGCUUCUCCUUCUGGCAGCCCGGCAGGCACUGCCACCUGCAGGAGAGGAUGGGCAUCGAGGCGCGGAGGCGCUCGCGCGGCCUCGGCGCCCUCGUCGUGGAAAGGCAACCCAAGCUGUCGAGGCGAGGCCUGUUUGCCAGGCGCCCGCCUGACAUCUCCAAGUUCAUGGUGGGAGCGUGCAAGCAUGACGGCUGUCGCUGGGGCAAGGACGGCGGAGCUACGCUCACAGCGGCUACAAUCUGCACGUUGUGCAACACGCUGCUGCUCGGAGUGUUGCCCGCAAAGCCCAAACGCCGAGCCGUCGUGAGGUUGCUGCGUGGCCUGCCAGCCGCUGCGCAGGCGAGCCCGGAACUGGCCGCCACCGCGCGCGCGGCCGUGGCCCCGGCGAGCGCGGAGAAGACCAGGCCCGCGGAGCGCGGGACAGGGUGCCAGCUGAGCAAGACCGACACCAAGGGCGACAACGACCAUAGUGCGCCGGGAGGCGAGGGCGCGCCGAAGGAGACGCCGGAGGGCCACAGUGGCAGCUGGUGGCGCGGCGGUGGAUGGGCCCCGCAGUCCACCGCCACGCGGCCCAGGGAGCCCGCGCAAAACGCGCAGGAGGACCAGCGCAGCAAGGGCGACAGCUCGGGCGGCAGCUGGUGGCGCGGCGGCUGGAACGCCGCGUGGUCGAACACCUCGCGGUCGAGCGCCGAGUGGGGCCAGGGGUGGCAGCAGCGCGCGCGGCGCGAUGGCGGUUCCUCGCGCAGUUGGGGGAACUCCGACACGCAGAAGUGGCAGUCCUCGGCGCAGACGCAGGGAGCCUGGAAGAAGCGCAAUCACUGGGACUGGCAGGGGGAGGAGGGCGCGGACUGGAAGCGGCAGAAGUACUGGGAGAAGGAGCCCGACGCAAAGGAGCGAGGCCGCGAGCAGAUGUCGGGGAACCGACCGGAAGAGCAGGGGUGGCAAACGGCCGGAGACCGGGGGCUGGGCCAGACGGAGCGCGGCCGCGAGCAGAAACUGGAGCAGAACGUGCAGGAGGUGCAGCGACAGACGGACGCGGAGCAGGGGCGCAAGCAAGAGGACCGCGGCCCCCAGCAGGACUCGGCAGACAUGGAGAAGAACGAGGGCCAAACGGACGCCGUCGAGAAGGGGGGGAAGAAGCGGGGCCCGUACGACCACGUGUCAGGUGACCAUCGCGGAAGGUUGCGCGCGUUCAGGCUGGCGCUGGGCCCGCCCUCGCUCUGCCCGAACGCGCUCCUUCCUAGCGUGGCGCCCAUGGUUUGCGCCGCGCAGGGCGGCGCUCUCCAGGAGACCCAGGAAGAGGCCGACUUCAACGCCGAGAUGCGGUCGUGGCUCGACGAGGCGGCAUGGAGGCAGAGCAAGACCCCGAAGAACGGGCAUCUCGUCUGGUUUCACAUCGACUUGCAGGAGUCGUUCUGGCAGAAACCCACCCCUGCAGAGCUCGCCGAGCAGAAGACGAAGGACGAAAUCGUCGUGAAGGCGGCGAAAAUCUUUCUCCGGGGAGGGGGUGCGCAGGGAGCGGCCAUGGCGGGGCGAGUCGGCAUGAGUGAGCAGGAGGUGAAGGACCGGUGCGCUGUUCUGCAGGCGGCGGCGAAGCGCAGGGAGCAGAGGCAGGGCCAUCGGCGUCAGAAGUUGCUCGGGAUCUGA